AUGAGGAAAGAAUUCUCUUUAGGACAAGCCAUGAGGUUAUUUUUUGAAAACCCAGAACGAAUCUUAAAAAAAAUUCACAAUAGCGAAGUAUUAGAAACGGAAGCAACAACAACAUUUAUCAGUGCAUGCCCAGCUUUGAAUGGGACAGACACAACCAAAUCGCUUAAAUCAAUUGUAGACAUUUUAAAAACGAUUGAUGAUUGUAAUAGUUCUCCACCUGCCGAUUUUAAUGACCAUCACUAUGACAUUCAUAGCAAUACUCAUGGUUUAAGGGAUGUCGAAAGCGAGGCUAUACAAUGGAAACACAUUUUACCGGAAGGUACAGGCUCAUUCUUUCAACGGAGAAUUUUAAGUAUGAAUAAACACCAUCGGCGGGUAAAAAGAGCAUCCGCAGGAGGAAGUGAUCAUGACCACCACGAGCACACACUCUUGGAGGAACUUACACACGUGUUUCAUUUAGGGAGUAUGGUUAUUCUUUCAAUACUCGUGGUUGAGACUUUCACCAAAAUGUUUGUAAUGGGAGAGAAAUUUUUACAUCACAGGUUAGAAGUGUUUGAUGCCUUUGUUGUGACAGUGUCGUGGUGUUUAGAUAUAGCAUUUUAUGAUGGUAUUUGGGCUAAACCUGGAACAGAAGCAGCCACUAUCCUUAUAUUUAUCUUACCAUGGAGAGUCAUCAGGAUUGUAAAUAGCUUUGUCUUAGUAAUACAAGAAAAAGAUUUGGUACAACUUAAAAUAGUCAAACAGCAAUACAGACGAACAGUGAAAAGAGCAAACGAAAUGAAGAUUAAAACAGACGGUUACAGGACAGAAACAAGACAGUUACAAGGAUUGUGUAUAAAAUAUGGAGCAAACGAAACAGAAAUACAGUCAUGUGCUCCCUUUGGAAAAAAAAGAAAAAUCAGCUCUGUUUUCUCAGCAAUGAACAGUUUUGCAUCACUUGCUAUGAUUGGAGCAGUAUCGAGUCUACCUGAUUUGCAUGUGGCACGCGAGAGUUCUGACGAAGAGGACGAAGACCUUGGAUUAGAUAAUUCAGAGUUGGAAAAGAAAGCGGACCAUAUUCUACGUUCAGUUUCAGUCGAUAGUGGAAUGUCGACUGCUAUUAAUUCUCCAGUAACACUGUCUUUAUCCCCUGACCCUAUGGACAAUACAUCAAACGGAAUUGUGUUUAAUUUUGACGAAGCCAUCACCACUAAGCAGUUAAAGACGGGGAUUCACACGAAGCUGUAAAUGUACAAAGUACAUGUUUAUGUUUAUUUCCUCGCUCGACGGCUGAAACCCGGCGAAAAAUAUAAGAAGAUAUUCGUUUCACUAUUUGUUGACAGUUCGAACUUAUAAUUAUAUACAUUGAAGAAAAUCCCUAACAUAAUUGUAAUUGUUAGAAUCAUUUAUAUAUGUAUUGAAUAUUUGAUGUUUGUGUAGGAUUUUACAAGUGCAUGAUGUAUAUAUAUAUGUACAAGGAAAUGACUGAAACAACUCCAGUUCAGUAGUACUCAUAUGAAAAAUUAUAACCAGCAAAUUCCAUAACGAUAACUUAUUACAACAACUGUUGAUAAUUAAAUGCCUCGUAAAUCAUCAAAUAAAACAAAAGCUUUGUUUUAAGUUUGAAGACAACGAUGAUAUCAUCAUGUACGUAUUUGUUUCCGUUUGUUUUUAGACGAUGCUGUUAACUUUAAGACAACUUGAAAUUGCUCAACGCUUCGACGAAAACCUAAUUGCCUUGUCCUACUUGAAUGUUUUCUGCACGUGCCACUUUAUGCAGUAUCAUUAAUUUUUUUACUAUUAUAGCUUUUUAUAUUUACCACUUUUCAAGCAUUUUUUAAUAGUUAUUGUAAGUUACUAGUGAUCAUAUAAAACGAUCCUGGAUUGUUUAAGGUGUUUUCCGACAGUUUGUCAAAAUACUCAUCUUUGUGCUUAAUUGUGUCUAAAUUAAACUAUAAACAACAACGCAUUUUCCUCUGAAUAUUUUUGUUUGCCCUUGACAUCAUAAACGUCUACACCGUACUGAUUAGCCACACCUAUACUCAACCAUUAGACGCCACACAAAGUCUGUAAAAGCCCAGAACUAAUAUAUCCCAAUGUGUUUUGUCGUUAUUGUG